UCCUACAAUCUCAUGCCAGCCUUCAAGGUACUGCGCGUUCAGCUCAUUAUCGUGUGUUGGUAGACGAAAACAAGUUUAAUGCCAAUUCCAUGCAAGAGUUAACUAAUAAGUUAUGUUAUUUGAAUGCAAGGUGCACAUCUGCUAUAUCAAUUGUAACUCCCGCAUACUAUGCACAUUUAAUUGCCAAUCGUGCAAGACAUUGUCUCAUUCGGGAUGAAAACGAAAAUUAUCAUCUUCCAGAAUUGAAAAAAAGUCAAAUAAUUUCAAUGAAUUAUGUUUAA